AAAAUUGUAUCCCAACUCUACCCCAUCCAAACUUAAAGAAAAUAAAUUUAAAAGUAGAGCUGGCGUAACAACUAUUCCACAUCUUUUUCCUAUCAUCCCCGGUGUCAGAAUGGUUUACAAAUAACUGAAAACAGCCUAUAAUUGAAAUUGUAGGGUUUUUAUGGACAAGAUCAUUUGCUCUAAUGUUCUCAGGCUCAACUAAGCUCAAACAUUUUAUAUUGCAAUUCAUCUGACAUUUGAAACACACCAGCUUGAGCACCAGUUCAAAAGUUUGAACUUUUAAAAGAAGUUAGAUUAAGUCUACAAUCUUGUGUCCAUCUGUAUGGUGGUAUUUCUGGCCUACAUGCUGUCCACUGUGUUUGUUUCUUUUAGGUUUAGGCUUCACAUGUGUAGUUUUAUCGUUAGAUCAAACUCAUGUGUGUUCUCCAAGCUGUUACUUGGCUCAAUAAAUGUCAUAGAAAAUAUAAACAAACAAUAUAUUGAGGUGUACAUUUAUGAGCUGAGUUGAAGUUUUAGCAAAUUGGAUGCAGGGUUUCCAAUGACGCUUCACCAGGCAAAAUUCAGGGGAAAAAAUGAAGUGUGUAGGGGGAGAGAUAUAUAUUUAUUGAUUAUUGGAAACUUGAAAGGUUUAUGGAAUUUUGUAAUGUUUCAGUUGGCUUCAUAAAGCCUUCAUCUGGAUUUUGUUUUUCCUGAUAGAUUAUUGCAUUUCUUUUGUGUAAACUAAACAUUUUAUCCUAAAUCUCCUUGAUUUGUCUUGCAGGCAAUACGUAUGACAGGUCCAUUAUAGUUGAUGGAGAAGAAGCUUCUCUUGUGGUGUUUGACAUAUGGGAGCAGGAUGAAAGCCAGUGGCUUCAGAACCAUUGUAUGAAAAUGGGGGAUGCGUACAUUAUCGUCUAUUCAGUGACAGAUAAAGUCAGCUUUGAAAAAGCUUCUGAGCUGAGGAUUCAGCUACGAAGGGCAAGACAAACAGAAGACAUUCCUAUAAUUCUUGUAGGAAACAAAAGUGACCUAGUCCGAUCACGGGAAGUCUCCGUAGAUGAGGGACGGGCUUGCGCUGUCGUCUUUGACUGCAAAUUUAUUGAGACCUCAGCUGCGCUUCAUCACAACGUCAAAGAUCUCUUCGAGGGGAUUGUCCGGCAGAUUCGGCUACGCAAAGACAGCAAAGAGGACAAUGCCCGAAGAAUGGCCAACACAAAGAGGAGAGAGAGCAUCAGUAAGAAGGCUAAGCGAUUCCUUGGGAAAAUGGUGGCCAAAAAUAACAAGAAGAUGGCAUUUAAAGCCAAAUCCAAGUCCUGCCAUGACUUAUCCGUACUUUAGAAACAGCUCUUGGCAAGAUUAGAAGUAUGUGAGUGUGCGUGGGUGGGUGUGUUGUGAACAUGUCUCUGGCAGUUAAGAGUGAGGGAAAAGGACCUUGUACGUGAAGCUACAGAAUGGAGGGAAGUUGUUUCCUUCAUGCCUUACAGUUCCUACACAAGACUGCGAAACGAGAUUACAGGACCUCCAGGGGUAGAAUGGUUUCUACCCUUCAGCAGAUGAACUGAUUUCUAAAAAUUCAGCAGCUUUGUACCCCUUCAGUUUCACUGUGCCAAACUGCUAGCUGUCCUGUGGACAUCAGGGAUUCAAAGGAAAAAACACACGAU